CUGGCGUUUGUUUAUGAAGUAUCCGAUUUUGCGAGCCAGAGCUUGCUAGUUAUUUCUGUGUUGGUGUCAAAACGACACUGCUCUAAAAAUGUCUGUGCUGUAAGCAGGGGAGCUUCAGGAGUAGGUGUUGGCUGGGCGCUGGCUGUGGUGAGGGGAAGCGGGGGCAGGCUGGUCUGCGCCCACGCAUCACCCGCCGCACCAUGCCGCCCGCCUACCGCCAGUCAGCAACUGCGACUCGUGUUGGCUGAACAUCCGUAG